CGGAGGAGGCGGUGUUGCUUCGCUUCGCGGGAGGGAAAGUCGGCCAACCUUCCCGCUGCCGGCGUCGGCGUCGGCGUCGCCGUCGGUCGCGUCUCCGCCCGCAGCCGCAGGCGCCGCCGCCUCGCUCUUCCUCUCCGACGACGCGGAAUCCGCCGCUCCUCCCGCUUCCGCACGUCCGCAGGUGCAGAGAUACCUCGUCAUUGGUGUCCACAAUGUCGCGGACAACUUGCAGCUGCCCCCCAAAGAAGUGUUUCCAAGGCACUUGUGACUGUUUAAUAGGGAUUGAGUUAUGCUAUUCGGGAUGCAACUGCAGUGCUGACUGCCAGAACGGCUUAUCUCUUGGAACAAUCAACCCGGCUGCUGCCCAAGGUACCACCCCAACGCUUGCCUCUGGCUCUUCUGCUGCCCAAGAUACUGCUCAAACGCAACCGCUUGCCCCGAGCUCUUCUACUGCCCAAGGUAUCGCUCAACCACAUCCACUUGCCCCGAGCUCUUCUACUGCGGCCGUGCCAAAGCCAGAGGCAGUUGGUGGGCGGGUGAAAUGCAACUGCAGCUUUACCAAAUGCCUAAACUGCCAAUGCACAUGUUUCAGGGAGGGUUUGAGUUGCAUGAUGGGACGCUGCAAGUGCUAUGACUGCGAGAACAACCCAGAUUGGCUGGCCGACGAGGAUUACGUGGAGUGCGCGUGCAAAACCAAAAAUUGCAAAACCAGAGCCUGCGGUUGCAACAAGAAACUGAAAGGGUGUAACCCAAAUUGCACGUGCAUAGGGUGCGAGAAUCAGUACGGGAUGAAAGGGGCUGAUAAGUCCAAUGCUGGACCGGGAGGUACGGGUGGCACAAGUGACGCCGGAGGCUCGGGUUCCAACAAGCAAAUAAGAAUCGGGUGAUGACAGUAGGCUUGAGACAUACCGGAGCAUGAUGCAAGUCACCUUACUUACUUACCAUCCUCAAGACAAUUGCCACUCAUCUCCUGUUCAGAUAUCUCCCACUAAAGCACAGCCGGGUUCCUGUAUAUUCCUUGUAAUGGUUACUCGAAGCAAGCAUGGCGACAACCUCCAUGUUCCUCAGCCCUCGGGGGGCUCCAGUGGACCUAGAUUGAUCAGGCUGAUACACUUUAGAACAUAUAUACUUCUGAGUCGCGUAAGAAUAGUUGCCGUCACCGGUUCGGCGUCCAUAUAUGCUGCCCGAAAAUGGGUGCUUCAGUUCGUUCUUAUACAUGCACAGUCUUGCAAAUGAUUUCUCUUAUACUUGAAGAAGAUUCUGGUAGUAUGAAUAUGGUUUGCAACUUUGCAUAUUCUGGUAGCAUGAAGUGAUACGGUUAUUCUUUGUAUAGACCAGUUACACAAGCAGCACUGGUUGCUUGCUUGGAACAAGAAUGACAUCUUAGAUAUUGGGUUCCAUUUGGUUCA